AUGGCCCUGGUCGCGUCCCCCCAGCGCUGGGCGCUGCAGCCGGGGGCGCGGGACGUGUGGAACCUGCGGGCGGGGCACAAGGGGAAAGGCACCCGAGCGCUGCUGGGCAGCGGGUGUGGGACCUUGUCUGCUGGUCCUGGGGCAGCCUCUGCUGCUGCUGUAAGUUUGGAGGCGUGGAUGAGUGCAACGGCGCUUCCUGGGUUUCCGACGAGCUCGAUCUAAGACUUUACCUGGAGUUGCUGUCCAUGCAGGUGCUGCCCGUAUGCAGGGGUUUACUGACUCAAAGCACACAGUGCAACCACAGUUCUUCACUGCGUUUUGAGACACUGGGGAAAUCACACUGCAGUGGAGAGCAUGAAGUGGGUGCAGGUCCCUAACUGUGCUCUACAUCCACCAUGUUGCCCUGUGGACCAGCUUUGUCCUUUAUUAGGUGUCUGGUGCGGAAGAAGAAUGUCAGUGGUGAAAGCCUUGAGGACACCAAGUUGUGCCGAUGCUUAUCGACUGUGGACCUUAUAGCCCUGGGAGUAGGAAGUACCCUUGGUGCUGGUGUUUAUGUCCUUGCUGGAGAAGUAGCCAAAUCUGAUUCUGGACCUAGCAUCGUUGUUUCUUUCCUCAUUGCUGCCCUUGCCUCUGUGAUGGCAGGUCUCUGCUAUGCUGAAUUUGGUGCUCGCGUCCCCAAGACUGGUUCUGCAUAUUUGUAUACUUAUGUUACUGUUGGUGAACUGUGGGCUUUUAUCACUGGCUGGAAUCUCAUUUUAUCCUAUAUUAUAGGUACAUCAAGUGUAGCAAGAGCCUGGAGUGGCACCUUUGAUGAACUUCUUGGAAAACGGAUUGGUCAUUUCUUCGGUACCUACUUCAAAAUGAAUUACUCUGGGCUAGCAGAGUAUCCUGACUUCUUUGCUGUAUUGCUUAUAUUACUUUUAGCAGGUCUCUUAUCUUUUGGAGUAAAGGAAUCUGCAUGGGUGAAUAAAAUUUUCACUGCUAUUAACAUCUUGGUCCUACUCUUCGUUAUGAUUUCUGGUUUUGUGAAAGGAGAUGCUGACAACUGGAAAAUAAGUGAAGAAUAUCUCAGAAACCUUACUGCAGUAACAAAGAACAUCUCAUCCUAUGAAAAUGUGACAAGUAUAUAUGGGAGUGGUGGCUUUAUGCCAUAUGGUUUCACAGGAACAUUGGCUGGCGCUGCAACGUGUUUUUAUGCUUUUGUAGGAUUUGACUGCAUUGCAACAACUGGAGAAGAGGUCAAGAAUCCUCAGAAAGCCAUACCCAUAGGAAUUGUGGUGUCCCUGCUUGUCUGCUUCAUGGCCUAUUUUGGGGUUUCAGCUGCACUGACACUUAUGAUGCCAUACUAUCUGCUGGAUGAGAAAAGUCCUCUGCCAGUAGCAUUUGAAUAUGUUGCAUGGGGUCCUGCUAAAUACGUUGUAGCAGUGGGAUCCCUCUGUGCUUUGUCUACAAGUCUUCUUGGAUCCAUUUUCCCAAUACCACGUGUAAUCUAUGCUAUGGCGAAGGAUGGGUUGCUUUUCAAAUGUCUAGCUCAAAUCAAUUCCAAAACGAAGACCCCACUAGUUGCUACUUUAUCGUCUGGUGCAGUAGCAGCUGUAAUGGCAUUUCUGUUUGACCUAAAGGCUUUAGUGGACAUGAUGUCUAUUGGUACACUUCUUGCUUAUUCACUUGUGGCAACCUGUGUCCUCAUCCUUAGAUACCAACCCACUGUAACCUAUGAGGAACCAAAAUAUUCUCCAGAAAAAGCAGCUUUGGCUGCAGCUGAAAGGGGAUCUGCAGUAAGUGAAUCACAGAUAAAUAUGAUAGAAGAGAAUCGCUUCAGUCUUCAGGCCCUGAUUAAUCCAUCCAGUUUACCAACUGAGCAGACAGCAACUACUGUUAACUUUUUAGUGAGCCUCUUAGCUUGCUUGGUUUGUGGCUUGAGUGUCCUCGCUACAUAUGGGAUUCAUUUCAUUGCUAACUUGGAGCCCUGGAGUAUUGGCCUUCUUGCUGUGUUAGCAGUGUCCUUCAUAGUUACCAUUCUCCUCAUCCAAAGACAGCCUCAAAACCAGCAGAAAAUGGCCUUUAUGGUUCCACUAUUGCCAUUUUUGCCAUCAUUCAGUAUACUGGUAAAUAUUUACUUGAUGGUGCAGUUAAGUGGAGAAACUUGGAUUAGAUUUAGCUUCUGGAUGGCACUCGGCUUCCUCAUUUACUUUGCUUAUGGCAUCAGACACAGUGUUGAAGGUCAUCGUAAUGAUGGAGAUGAUGAUUCUUGUUCAGAAAAUAGUGGGUUGAAAGAAAAGAACCCUGUGGAAGAACUGGAUGAACCUGAAAAUGCAAAUGAAAGGGAUCAAUUUCUUCCACAUGAAAGGACAAGUGAAUGUUAAUCUCUUCCAACACACAAAUCUUUUAAACCUUUAAUUGACAUUUGCAGACUGAAAUUUCAAAAGCUUUCUGCCAACAUUGUGCUUCUAGAAAGUGUUUACUACAAGGCCUGACUGAUAUUUUGGACAAGCUGCUAAUCCAUCUUCAUCAUUUCAGAACUGACAGCAUGGAGAUUAAUAUUUAUAUUAAAAAAGAAAAGAAAAGUACCCUUUGGCAAGCAAAAAUUUAGAGGCAUUGUUUGAAGUGUCAUCCAAAAUCACUGGCAAUCAUCAAAUAUGAAGAAUUUUAGAACCGUCUGCCAGAAGUUCUGAAUAUUUGACAAUGUGUUGUGGACACAAGUGCCUUUCAUACCUUCUCCUUAUCUCUGUUACAUGUUUUGGUCACAAUCUAAAUUUUCUUCUUUCUACUGAAGUAACUCUCAUUGGAGAUAAAUUUCAUUCAAGCCUGGAAAGUAUUUGCAAAAUGAAUGGUAAUUGUAUGGAUCAGAUACUUUGUAAAAAGUAGAGGACCAUAUAUUUAUGUAAAAAGAAAUAAUUGCUUACCUUUAUUAAUCAUGACUACUAAUCAGUAGUCCUAGAGAACUCAAGCAGUAAAAGUACUUCGAAGGUUUUUAGUCCCUCUAAAUAAUAUUCAAGAUUUCUACUUAUGUGAAUGCCUUUUCUUUAAAAGAUGCUGUAUAGAAGUGUGUAUAGAAUAAUACUCUCAAGAGGAGCUAUGUUGUUUUCUGCAAAAGCAUCUGGGAACUAAUCUGUUGGUCACAGUAUUGACGGUGACAGUCCUAUGUGAUUUAGCAAGUACUGUGCUUUUGAUUUCAGAAGGGCCGGAAUUUUAUCCCUGACUACAUAAUUUGGUACUUACAUAGAGCAGUCAUCAAGUUUUUCUCCUUACUACUCAUUUAGUAAUACUUUCUUUUCCUUUAUCAUAUGCCAGAACUGAUAUUUCUGAUAUUGGUGUUACACGUGGCUUUUCCUCAGAAGACUUAAUGCACAAAAUCCCAGCUUUCUUUUCAGAUGGAAGGGGAGGUUUAAAAAAACAGAGGUAUGAGCUUUGGAAAAAAACCUUAUCAGAACAGUAUUUCUGCACUUCACUAAGCUUUAAACAUGUCAGCACUUUUUUGUGAGCAAAGCCUACCUACAUCCACAAAUCCAUUCAUGUGGGUAUGACGUCUAAAUGCUAAUUUAUGUAAAGAACGAAAUUGUUGUGGCAGUGCUGGGUGAACAGUUAUUUUAAUGCUGAUAAAAAUAGAAACUGUUCCUCUUUCAAUAUAAGUCAUGUCACCUCUCAAAGGCACCCAGACGUUUUAGCACUUUUUCUCAGCAAAUAGUAGGCUCAAGUCCCAUGAAGGAUUCUACAGUAUGAAGUCAUUUUGCAAGAAUGUAUUUACAAAAACAGUUUCCCUAGACUAAGAACUGUCUUGGACUUUGUCACGGAGAGUUGCUGGUACUAAUCAUUAGUAUUAAUCUCUGUUAUUACAUGUAAAAACUUUAGAUGCCAUGAGAGCUAUAUUGGUUGACAGUGAAAAGCACCUUAUAAUAGCUGGAAUUUCACAACCAACCAACGACAACAACCAACAACAAUACCCAAAAGUACAAAACAACCAAACCCCCCAAAAAAGAAAAACAACAAAAAACUCCCAAACUAGUUAGGCUGCUUCUGUCUCUCUCCUGUUUUGUUUUUUUUUUUCAGAGCAAUACAGCACUCUUUUUAAUCUUAAAAUUACUUCUUUCUCAGUAGUCUUAAAUCCUCAGCUGCAAAAAAAGCCAUUACUGUAGGAGCAAGUCAGCAGCACCCAUGUAAAGUUUUUGUACGAUGUCUUUACAAGCCUACAGUGAAACACAGCUCUUUUAAAAUUCUUUACACAUCUCAGUGUGUGGGAAGCACAGGCUUACUUUUUCCUAUGGCUGUUGAUGCCACAGAGCAGGCCAGCCAGGCUCCCAAGGUGCAAACUGCUGCUGCUCUUUGAUGUGCAAGAAAGACUGCAUUCCCUUCCAAGGCCAUCAUAUAGAAUGUAUGUGUGCACACCUGUCUGUGCAUUUGCACCUGUCUGGCCCAUAAUGAUUUUGAUGAACUGGUUAAAAUAAUUUCUAUAUUGCACUGGCAUUUUCCUUUGAAAGGAUACUGUCAAUAUAAUAAACUUCUGACUAAAGCAAGGCUAGUAAAGGCCUCCGGAGAGAACUAAAGGAAAUAAAUUUUCUAGCUUAUUUACCUCAUGGAUGUGUCAGCAGUUUGUGUAUUGACAAUGUCCUCUUUUAUUUGUAUGAAUAUUUCUCCUCCCUGCUCCUUGUUAGAGAAAUUAUUUAAAAACAAUAGAAUGUGCCUGUACAAAUGUUGCUAAAGGAGAUGGAAGGAGCUGCAGCAUGGGAACUAUCCACAUAACUAAUAAGAUAUAAAAUGAAAUUAAAGGAAAGUAAUUGGGUACUCUGGUUUCUUCAACUGUGCAAAGCUUAUUUAUAUGUGUGUAUAGUUAAAGUAGCUAUAAGUCAGUGACUGAGUAAAACCAGACAAGCCAUAAGUAAGAUAUUUAUGGUAAGUUUGAUAUGCAUUUGUAUAUGCAGUAGUGAAAUUCCAGAUGCUUUACUGGGGCUUUGCAGAAGCAAAGGACAUGCCAUGCUAGUCCUUACACAGGAGCUAUGUCUGUACUUGCUGAGAGAGCAGCUGAAAGCACAAGUCCAGUGGAACUAAAUUGUUGUUAUUUUUUAACACAGUUGUUGAUAUUGUAAAUUGUUCUGUGAAAAUAAUAAUGGAAUGUGUUAAUACAAAAUAUCUAUUUUUGGAGGUAGCCUAUUGGGAUUUUUCUUCCUUUAUAGAAAAAAAUCCUUCAAAAACUUUAUUUGCAUUGGUACAUUCUCGAUAUGCCAUUAGAUAAAAGAAUUAUUUUUACCUAGUUGGAUUUAAGAAAGUAAGCCAAAACUAUAUUUAACAGAGCACAAAUAAAUGUGCUUUUUGUUCUGAGGAAUAAGAGUUAUAAAACAUUUCCAAAUCAUUCAUGUUAUCUGAACUGAUGUUCUCGUGCUAUUCCAGUCCUAAUUCUGCAAUAGAAAGUUUUAUGAGGUAACUUAGAUUUCAUUGCUUGUUAUCAUGGAUGAAACUAUUCUAUAAGUAUGCUUUUUCCUGCAAAACAAAUGCUGGUUAGGUUCCUGAAAUCUGUCAUAAUAUGUUUAUGUCUCCAUGUGUUAAAGCCAUUUAUAUUAUCUGCUGUUGGAGAACUAUCAGAAUAAAUGUCAAUAGUAGUGAUACAGAGUUACUUACAUAUAUGAAUUUAACUGUGUCAUCCAGAAACUCCAAAUGAUAAAAUGAAUUUAGAGGCAAAACUUGGUAAAGCUUAAAUGUAGAUUUCCUAUUUUAUUAGAUGAUAAAUAUACAAGUCUAGUCCCCUUUUCCUUAAAAUUUAUGCAAAUAUAUAUAUAUAUACACAUAUAUAUAUUUAAGAAAUAUAAGGCAUAGUGUUUUCAUGGAAGUUUUAACAAGUGCCAAUAUCAGUGUGCCAUAAGCAUCCUGAGAUGGUGAAAUCCUUGACAAUGCAGGAAAUCUGUGUGGGACUGUGCAAUCAUUUUAUUCAGAUAUGAGGCCUUUGACAUUGAGGUGCAUUUUUUAUGGUAGGAAGUUAAUUCACAAAAAGGCUGGCAUGUGUUACUUGAGUGCAUAAAAAAGAAAACAAAAGCACCUUUUUAAUGCUCUUUGGCCCUAAUUCUUCCUAGACUUGCUAGGAAAUUUGUACAAACUGCAGUAUGUUCACUGAAAGCACUGAGGUUACUCAGUGUUAAGCAAAUAUAUAUUUUACAGAAAAAGCAGGAGGUAUUUCAUAUGGUAUAGGAUAUUUGUAUUUGUUUUUAAUUUCCUGUACCUUUAGUAUUUCUUUCAGGUAUAUGUUUUGAGGACCUCUGCAUUUUUAAUAGUUGGACCUUUCCAAAGCUAAAUAUAAUGCCUUUACCAUGUGUUGAUCUAUUUUCCAUUUGAUUUUAGAAAUCAAACUCCCUAACAUUAGCUAAGUUGAAGGAUUGCUGUGCAUUGACAUGCAGAACUAUGUAUAUAUAUAUUUUUUUUUUUAAAUUUUCAGUUGGACAAAUUCUAUUGUCUUUCUAUGUUUCAUGAGCCUUUUGCCAGGUAAACUCCAGCUUCACCAAGAUUUUGAUGUUUAGGAAGGCUUUUCUCUUUUGUGUUACCAGAAAGUAAAGCGUGAAAUAUGUGUUUCAUAUCUUUAAAAACAGUUAUGUGUGCAUCACUUUAAAAAAACAUUAGCAUUCAUAUCCAUUUUAACUUUUCCUUUUUGUUCAUAUGUACAUUCUAGUGAUUAUUUCUAUAUUAUAUGCUGCUGAGCAUUUAAAAUGUUGAUAAGAUGAUUAUGAUGCAACUUAAACUACAAAUUUUUAUUUCUUUGAAGUGCUCUACCAAAAUGAAAAAAGUUUUGAAUUUUUAUGAAUGUAAAAAUGCUUAUAUUUAAGAAUAUGGUGCUUUUUUCCCACUUUACAAUAGAAUUGUUAUCAGUGACAUUUUUAGUUACCUUAGUUCCAAAUUCUGAUGAAAAUUACAUUGCUCUUCAUUUACUGUAAAAUGUGCUUUGUGGGAUAAAAAUUGUGUAUUUGUUCCAUAUUUUUUAAAUAAAGCUGAAUGUCACUUGUA